AUACAUACACGCGCCCACGGAGGACGCGACGAUAACACUCCGAUAAGAAGGAAAAGUGUUUUUGAAAGGAUGGACCCGUCGGCCAGCGCGAGUGGCACUCCGCCAAAGGACCUGCCUCCUAUCGCGGCAUUGUUUGUGAUUUAUUUCGAUAUCAAGGCUGGGUGAGUGGGUUUGGGAGGAAAGGAGAAACGGAGAAUGGGGGGAAAAAAAAGAAGAAAAGAAAAGCUAAUUAUGGGGUGCGAUAGAUAUACUAUCGUCUGGAAGAAAUGUACGCAGGGAGUCUCGCUUGACGGGGUGGAAUUCAAAUCACUGCCAAGCGGGCUACAUAAUUUGGAGGAGGAUUUAGUGUUUGUCUCCCUUCCCCCGGAAGCGAGAUGGAUGAGAUGGGGAGAGAGCACUGAUCGGGUGGGUGGGAAUUAGGUAUUUCGUUCAAGCACCCUACGCAGGUGUCAGUGCCUUCAUCAAUACCCCCGCGGCGGAGGCGGAGCGGAAUGCCUGUAUGCUUUCCGUCGGCGUGCUUGUUCCACUUAGCUACGGACGGCUAGGGAGGAGCUGGAGACAUGCGGAGAAUCUGAAGGAGUUGGCAAAGUACGAUAUCCCCUCGUCUGGAUUCUCAUCCCCCUCACGAUGGUGGCACUAACUGUAGUCCAGGAAAUUCGCUGCAAACACGGAAGACUAUGCUCCGUUAGAAAGAUAUUACGAAUCGAAUAAGAUCCAUGAAUCUGUAGAAGCUCCUGACUCGCCGGCGGAGUCACCGUCAAGCUUGAGGUAUCGGCCUUCCUCGAGGUACAAGCCUCCGUUCGAUAGUCUGAAUCGUCAUACCCGGACAAGGUCCAUAUCGGAUACUACGGCUCUUGUGGCCUCCGGGCAGGCACUGAGUCCAUACCACCCUGCUUUGUCACUGCCGGAGUUUGUGGAUACGUUUGGGCCAUUGAUUUUCCCGCUUUAUAGAGCUGCAUUGACUCGACAGCGGAUAUUGCUCAUUACUGGUGCACCAGUUGAGUUGGCUUGCAACUUUGGUUCGUUUCAUCCCAAGACUCUUGAGCACACCUUGCUAACGAGACGAUAGUCUACGAUAUAUCAAUCCUCUCCAACAUCCCCCUCUCUGUCGCCGAUCUCCUUUCCUCUGAACCCUCCCGCCUUCGCCCACUCUUCAGCAUUGGGGUCCACGACAUCCCGUUGCUAGAAGAAGAAGCCAAGCGAGCACACCCAGCACCCCCACCCCCGCAUGACCGCGACCCUCUCGGAGGUGAGCACGGUAGCUGGGUAGCCUGCACAACCGACGGCGUCUUAUACCUAAAGAGUGAACUCUACGACUUGGUAGUCUCCAUGCCCCCAGCUCACUCCAAAAACGCCAAGAAAAAAGUUUGGCCUACAAUCGAGUGUCCCGCUGGCACUCCUAUAAAAGCCACACAGCGAGACCUGGCCAGAUACAGAGCACUGAAAAGGUCACUCGCCCGCUACAAUGACACACCCCCAUCCACGGAGCCCUCAUCCUCGACGGAAGAAGAAGACCGCGACUCCUGCGAGGAAGUCUGCCAAAAGCCCACCUGGCGUGAAAUCGCUUACUCAUCAUUCAUGUGGUGGGCUAGCGCUGGUGAAAAGCGGCGCGAGACCGAGACCGCUGCGUCCGACGAGCUCUUUUUCGAAGACGGCAAACGGCCCAGAAGUGAAGCCCUCGACGACGCCGUCGCCAACGACGAGGAAAUUCACCCGCUCCUGCCCACGUCCCCACGUCGGAGCAAUUCCUCGCCGUUGCCGAGAUUGCACCACCGACGGAGGUCGAGCGCUUUCAGCGUUGGCGGUGCUAGUGGCGGUGUAGGGAAUAUGGAGAUGGAUAUUGUCGCGUACUUUCAUCGACUCACAGGGCGGCUGAUGUCGUAUCUGGCUGAGAUUGUGGACGACGGGGAUGACGAUGGUGGUGUUGGUGGGGAUGGAGAAGCCAGGGAUGGGGAAGGGGUGUUUAUCGGUCUUGAGGACUUGGACAAGUUGGGGUUGGAUCGAUACAGUGAGCUUGACGUCGCCUUUGUGAAGAAUAUCUGCUUGAGGUAUUUUGGCCGGGAGGCGGUGGUGGAAGGGGUUGCGUGGGAGUGCUGUGGGAUUAGGUAUUGCUAGGCAAACUAGGGGAAUCUCUUUCUUCCUUCUCUUUCCUCUCCUUUCUUUCGCGGUCUAGUCGAACCGGCACGUGUACUUUAUGGCAUAGUAUUUUAUUUGUAGAUGGAAUCGAUUAAUGGGUGUCAUCUCUUCUCC